AUGAAGAAAUUCAGGCUGAUUGAUACAUUUGAUUCCACCAUUCACACCUUCGACAUCAGAAAGUCGCCGCCUUACCUGGCUAUCUCCCACGCCUGGUCAGAGAAGAUCUUUCCGAAACAGCUGCCUCUCGAUUCCUCAUUUGGCGGUGAUGCAAUUAAACGAACAUUGUUCAAAAGAGGCCUCAGUUCAGUGAGGUACUGCUGGAUCGACCUAUUCUCUAUCGAACAGGACUCUGAGGAUGAUGUGAACGAGCAAAUCCCACUCAUGGGCGAGAUAUUCAGCAAUGCUGAGGCAGUCCUGAUUAUUCUCACCAAUGAGCUCAAUCUGACACAAGAAAAGAUUGACUAUGGUACAUCCCAGCUGGACGAGGCCCUUGCAAUUUGGGAGAUGGAGGCAUGGACGGACGACGGAGCAAGAGAAUACUGGGAACUUGGAGAAGGGCGGACCAAACUGGUGCAGGCAAUGGAUAUACUCUCCUGCUUUACAAAAACUGCUUGGGGUACAAGAAUCUGGACAUUACAAGAGUAUCUCCUCGCCAGGAAUGUUUUGUGGAUCGGCUCCGACUUGGAGCCUAUAUCGAUCAACGACGAGCUCUUCAUCGCCAUACCCAGGCUUUGCGAUGAGUUCGAGGUCGCCGGAUGCACAGCCCGCAAUUUAUCGAUAAAUAACGAUUACUCUUUGCUUUUCUCUCAUUUUUCCGGCAUGGCAGCUUCCCGCGCCAAAGCAAUCGAACGAACGCGAGUGAUGGAGCUACUCGGAAAUCGAAAGGCAACUGUCCCCGUCGAUGAGGUAUAUGGUAUAAUGGCUGCCACAGGGGUAGAAAUCAGUGUUCGGCCAAAGGAGUCCAGGGAGACCGCAUGGAAGAGAUGGCUUGAAGCAGCUUUGAUGGCGGGACAUCUCCGGUGGCUGAUGAUUCCCCCAAGUAUUCUCUCAGCCGUGCAGGUUCUCAAUAACAACUUUAGUCGGGCACUACGAUUCGUCCAACGGCAUAUGGAGCACCGAUUCUAUCCAUUUCUCGGGACAGAGCAGAUUCGGUUCAUAUGGGCCGAUUUCAUGCAACUUUCAGCACAGACUGUCAUGGAUAUUAUGAGCUUCGGUGUCGCAUAUCUUAUUCGGGUUCAAUGUCCCACAACGGAGAUGUCUUUCCUGACCGUCCUAGUCACUAAUGGACUCCAUCUGAAAGGGGAUAUUGUCGCCUUUGAGUGCAAUGCACGGGGUAUGGAUCGACGGCAUAUACUUCUAAUUGGCCAGAUAACCCUCCACGAGAUGAUGUUGAAGGGAUGGAUUACGCACGAUGUGCAGCUAUACACAACUACCUGGUCCAAUAUGCCUGGCUCGCUGAAGGCCGUCCGCUGGCAACUUGAAUGGCAACAGCACCAACCUUUUCACGCUGUUCGGUGCUGUAGCUGA